GGACGUCGAUGACGCACCGCAGACACGCGCAAUGGUAACCGGAAGCAUCGUUGAGAGGAAAAUAAAAAUCGAUCAAAACCCCAGUUGGUCUUGAGGGUAAUUUUCACCAGAUGUCAAUUCUCCGCCGUAGAUUCGCAUUCGAUUGCCCUUAACACUACUGUCGUCGGAAGAAACGGUAGCGUGCAGGAAAAAAACUGCCCCGUUUGACCGAAGUUGCUCGCUAACUGGUUUAGCUGACGUGGGGAGAAGUUGAGACUGCCAGAGAGCAGAGGGACAAACACAAACAAGCUGGGAUCAGCUGAGCGCCUGUCCGAACCGAACCAGCGGCACGGGGACAUGUCACGGAGUGCGACUUUGCUCUUCCGAGCCCAAGAAUGAUCCACGGGACACGAAGUGGGAUGAGCAUGGCCCACCAAGCAACCCCUAGUUCUCAGAAGGCCCUGAUGAUGGAGUUGAAGUCGCUGCAGGAGCAGACAAACGUGAGUGUAUGUUCACUCUUGCAGGCUCACAUCAAGUUCCCAGUGGACUACCCGUAUUUACCGCCAACCUUUCGUUUCAUCACCAAGAUGUGGCACCCCAACAUCUAUGAGAAUGGCGACGUGUGCAUCUCCAUCCUGCACCCUCCGGUUGAUGAUCCACAGAGCGGGGAGCUGCCGUCGGAAAGAUGGAAUCCGACCCAGAAUGUCAGGACCAUCCUGCUUAGCGUCAUCUCUCUACUCAACGAGCCAAAUACCUUUUCCCCUGCCAACGUGGACGCUUCGGUGAUGUUUCGCAGAUGGAGGGACAGCAAAGGCAAGGACAAAGAGUAUGCAGAGAUUAUCAGAAAACAGGUGAUGUCCACAGCGGCGGAUGCCGAUCGCGACGGCGUCAAGGUGCCAACCACGCUGGCGGAGUACUGUGUCCAGACCAGGGUUCCCUCUCAGGACAGUAGCUCAGACCUUCUCUACGAUGACCUUUACGACGACAUGGAGGAGGACGAGGAGGACGAUGACGAGAGCGAGAUGGAGUCGAUAGGCGAAGCCGGAGCGGUGGGUUGCGUGGAGGACGGCGAGACGUCCAACAGAUGUUACGACAACCAGGAUGACUCUGGCAACGAAGAGUCAUGAUGAUCUGGAUCGUUACUGCUCCUUGCCAACUCCCUGAAUCCUUUGCCUCAUUUUGUGUGUGUGUGUGUGUGUGUGUGUGUGUGUGUGUGUGUGUGUGUGUGUGUGUGUG